ACCUUGUAAGGCUUUAACCUCCCAGUGGCCACGUCUGAGAAACAGCAGCCUUCCAUCAGUGUGGCUCAGUCUUGGAGCUUGCUUUCCUGAGUCCUUAGACCUCUGAGUAUUGAGCCUCCCCAUGGGUGGGGCAGGUGGGUGGGGCAGCCAAGCGGAGAAGAGGGAAGUGAGAAGCUAGCUGAGAAGCUAGCGUGGGGCAGGCUGAGACAAGAGUUUGAGAAGAAAAGGCCUGUGGAGAGGUCUGAAAACAGCAUGUACACACCCAUCCCUCAGAGUGGCUCUCCAUUCCCAGCCUCAGUUCAAGACCCAGGCCUACAUAUAUGGCGUGUGGAGAAGCUGAAGCCGGUGCCCAUAGCACGAGACAACCAUGGCGUCUUUUUCUCUGGGGAUUCCUACCUAGUGCUUCACAAUGGCCCAGAAGAGGCCUCCCAUCUGCACCUGUGGAUAGGCCAGCAGUCAUCCCGAGAUGAGCAGGGGGCCUGUGCUGUGCUGGCUGUGCAUCUCAACACCCUGCUGGGGGAGCGGCCAGUGCAGCACCGUGAGGUUCAAGGGAAUGAGUCCGACCUCUUCAUGAGCUACUUCCCACGAGGCCUGAAGUACCGGGAAGGUGGUGUGGAGUCGGCAUUUCACAAGACAACCUCGGGCGCCACCCCAGCAGCCAUCAGGAAGCUCUACCAGGUUAAAGGGAAGAAGAACAUCCGUGCGACGGAGAGGGCUCUGAGCUGGGACAGCUUCAACACGGGGGACUGCUUCAUCCUGGACCUGGGUCAGAACAUCUUUGCCUGGUGUGGUGCAAAGUCCAACAUCCUGGAGCGCAACAAGGCGAGGGACCUGGCCCUGGCCAUCAGGGACAGCGAGAGGCAGGGCAAGGCCCAGGUGGAAAUCAUCACUGAUGGAGAGGAGCCAGCAGAGAUGAUUCAGGUUCUGGGCCCCAAGCCUGCUCUGAAGGAGGGCAACCCUGAGGAAGACAUUACAGCUGACCAGACCAACGCCCAGGCUGCAGCCCUGUAUAAGGUCUCUGACGCCACUGGACAGAUGAACCUGACCAAGGUGGCUGACUCUAGCCCUUUUGCCUCUGAACUGCUAAUUCCAGAUGACUGCUUUGUUCUGGACAACGGGCUGUGUGGCAAAAUCUACAUCUGGAAGGGGAGAAAAGCUAAUGAGAAGGAGCGGCAGGCGGCCCUCCAAGUGGCUGAUGGCUUCAUCUCUCGAAUGAGAUAUUCCCCAAACACUCAGGUGGAGAUUCUGCCCCAGGGCCGAGAGAGUCCCAUCUUCAAGCAAUUCUUCAAGAACUGGAAGUGAGGGUGGGGGGUAGUGUCCCUACCCUUGCUCUCCUGCCUCCUACCCCUGCCUGCUUGUUUCCCCUCUGGCUGCUGAGUCAGCACUGAGGUGCCCUCUGGAUGCUCAAUAAAGGACACAUUCCAUUCCA